ACACAAUCGAAUCAUGGCAGCACACAUAGAUAAAUAUUGAUUCAAAGUAUCUAUUCAAAGUUUAUCUCAUCAUCGUUCCAUUUGUUCCUAUUUUUGCGAUUUAUUGCCCGAUCUUUCUCACUCAUUCGCGAUCCAUCGCACCGGAUGGUUAGGUGAAUGUGCCUCCAAGAGUAUAGCUUUCAGAUGGUGGUGGUCUUAUACUAUUCCCUGGCUCUUGGCAAUAUUGCUUGUUUAGUUUGUAUCCAUCCAUCCGCGUGAGCAGUGCAUUAAGUGUUGUGCUGAUCUUUCGCGAGCGCGUGCUUCGCCAAAGGAAUAAAUAUCUCUUGGAAGAUAAACCCAUUCAGUGAUUGUGAAUUACUUCAGAGAUUAUUUACAAAAAUUAUGGUGAAUAAACAGUACAAUGUGCAAAAUUGUAAAUCAAACAAGUUCAAAAACUAUUCACCACCACCCAAAAGGGAUACAAGUGCUAUUUCAACUGUGCCAAACCCCCAAAUAAAUUUAGAUUCUGACACUGAACCACAGAGUCUCGCAAAUGCCCAAUUCAAAAGUAUCACCGAGGAUUAUACACAGUGCCCAGGUGAAAUAGAUCCAGACGGUAAUUGUGAACCUGUGAGUGCUAAAGAUCUCUCAAUCGGAGAUAUCGGAAGAUUUCAGUAUAUCCUUCAAAUGGACAAAGAAAUGGGGACACAUCCGGACACCCUUUACAGGAUACCCACCAGACCCACAAAUUCAUCUAGCACAUCAUCUUCCAAUUCAAUUGGAAGCAAUUUGCACAACAUAAAUUUUUGGAAGGCGACUGGUAGUCAGACACCAAUUGCAUCAACAUCAUCCACUCGUCGGAGAUGGAGUCACAUUUCAAGUAUCACCAGCAAAUGCUGGCAAUUCAUCAAAUGGCCUCUGGCUCUUCUAUUUAUAUGUGGAAUUCUAGGAGUAGUUGUAUACUUUAUAGUUGUCGAGAGUGAAAUUAAUAGCAAUGUUGUUGGAAGUGAGAAUCACGAAGCCUCACUGGCAGAUACAUCGAUAGAAUCCGACUUGACGGUGGAUUUCAAUGAUCUGGAUAAGUUGAAUGGGGAGAGAGCAGAAGAGAAUCACAGAGUAAUAAAUGGCCAUGCAAAUACAUUCAAUGUCACUGAUCGACCGACACUCAAUAAGACGUCAGAAGAGUUACUGGAAGUGAUUAAGGGACCUGAUUUGGCCAAUAGACUCAACGAUGACUCGCAAGUUUUUGCGAUUUUUGUGAAAAAACCCUCAAGUACAACUGAAAGUGCAUCAUCAACGGAAAAUGUCACUAAUGAUACCGUCAGACCAACAACAAUUCGACAGACUACACCAUCUUCCACAACUGUGGUAAACCCUAUCAAACUCAUCAUACCGACAAGAGAAACCCUCCAGCAGUACGGUUUUACAUCUGGACAUCAAAACAAUUUCGGCAUACCAAUUGAGGAAGAUGAAAGAAUCCUUACGUUACUAAAUGCUGAAUUAGUCAAGAGCCAAAAUGGUUCAACAUCGCUGUUCUCAACAACUGAUUCCAGCGUUUACAGAACUCGAGUAUCACCAACAUUACCCAUCAUAUCUCGAUUUGAUCAUACAACGGAAGGACUUAAAACCAAUGGAAGUGAUGAUGGAAUCUGUAAAUCAACCUCAUUGCCCCUCUGUCGAGGUGUUCUACCUUAUGACCUAACAUCUUUGAACCGAAAACCACUGAGCCAAGUGGAACUGGAUCAUUUACAGUACCUCAUCGAAGCCCAAUGCUCAAUCCGAGCUGCUGAAUUCGUUUGUACAGUCCUCGAACCCGAAUGUCGACCAACAAAAAUGGGCAAUCCUCUGCAGCCGUGCAAGAGGAUUUGCAAGUCUAUCCUCGAGGCCUGUAGCCAUGUCAUUGCAAGUUCUGAGAUUCUCACCACAAUGUUCGAUUGCGACAGCUAUCCAGACUCACUGGAUCGCAAUGUUUGCGAAGAUCCAACAAGACGUGGGAAAUGCUACAAGAACGAAUUCAAAUGCUUGGACUCAACAUGCAUCCCACUCCAGUGGAAGUGUGACAACAUUAAAGAUUGUGCCGAAGGCGAUGAUGAAGAAAAUUGCAAAUUUUGCGAAACCAAUGAAUUUCGGUGUGUGUCCAAUGAAAAGUGCAUUCCGGAUAAAUGGCGCUGCGAUCAUUACAAGGACUGCCCAGAUUCGUCAGAUGAACUCGAUUGUGAGGAAGAGGAUGCAAGGAGUUUUCCACUGUCGUACGGAAAUGCUAGAGUUUAUCCAUUCGUUCACGAACAGUCACCAAAUAACCCCAAUAGUCGUCCAUAUCUCACCAUUUCGGGUGAUGAUCGUCUAAAUUCAGGAGAUACCAUCAAAACCAAUGAAGGAGAAAAGGAUAUCUAUGCCUUUUCCGAUGAUGAUCACUUCGAAAGAUCCGUUCCCAGUGUUACCGUAACACCAGAUGCUAAGACAAAUGAAAGUGACAACGAUGAAAUUCAGAGUGAAGCAGCUUCCGGGCGAGCUGUACAAUACUCCAAGAGCCUGGCCAAUUUCCAAGACAGCAAAGAGAUAAUGAUGACAAGCGAUUCUGAGGCGGACUACAAGUACUCAAGUACCGAUCGCGUUACACUCAGAACAGCCCACAUAUCCCCAUGUCCGGAAGGUGAACUUCGCUGUGUCAGUGGACGAUGUAUUUCCGUGAAUCAAUUGUGCGACAAGAUCACCGAUUGUCCAGAUGGUGCCGAUGAAGCGAUGUGUGUCUACAAGAAUUAAAGCCAUCCACGCAAAUUGGCACUUGAGAGGAUUUUUGUCAUCUGCAACUUGAAAAAUCGCACCCAAAAACACCUCUUCAGAAAACCUGACAAUUCUCUGAGUGGAUUUACUGUCAACAACUUCUUUUUUUUACAUAAAACCUUCUCAAAAAAAUUAUCAACAAAUAAAAUCAAAAAAUAAAAAAAUAAACUCGCCACAAGUUGAGGAGUA